GAGAUGGAGAUUUGGAGACUUUGGAGAGGAAGGUGAGACUCUGCCUGUGACCCACAACUUGGCUUUGCGGCAAUGUUCUUUCUUCGUCUGCUUUAAGCCUUUAACAUCUCUCUCUUAUUCCCGAUGAGAAAAAACCAGAGAAGAAACAAACUUAGGAAGCCAAGAAAUAGACAAAAAUAAAGGAAGAGAAGAGUCUCUGAAUCUCAGAUCCUUUCCAAAUUUCUCGAAUCUUUGGUUUUGCAAAGAAAACUGCUUUCCAGCGCCGGAAAACCGGUUUUGCGGUUCGGGAUCUCUUUUGAUUCUCUUCUUCUGGGGGUUUAAACCACUUCUGAGCGUUGGCAAAAGGGUGUUGUUUGCUAUCAAGGUCUCUCAAAAUGGCUUCAGGAGGGCUUGUUAGCAUUGAACCUCAAGAGCUUAAGUUCCCCUUCGAACUGAAGAAGCAGAUCUCUUGUUCCCUUCAAUUAUCGAAUAAGACGGAUAACUAUGUUGCUUUCAAGGUGAAGACCACGAAUCCAAAGAAAUAUUGUGUUCGGCCAAACACCGGAAUUGUACUGCCUCGAUCCACUUGCGAUGUGAUAGUUACGAUGCAAGCACAGAGGGAAGCUCCCCCGGACAUGCAAUGUAAGGACAAGUUUCUCCUUCAGUGCGUAGUCGCAGGUCCUGGAGCUACUGCAAAGGACAUUACGCCAGAUAUGUUCAACAAAGAGUCGGGUAAUCACAUUGAGGAGUCCAAAUUGAAAGUUGUUUAUGUCUCUCCUCCUCAACCACCAUCGCCUGUUCCAGAAGGAUCUGAAGAAGGUUCUUCACCUAGAGCUUCUGUCUCAGAUAACGGAAAUGUGUCAAGGACACAUGUUGAUUCUCAAGGUCAGGCUUCAAGAGGGUAUACCGAGUCUCAAGACAAAACUUGGGAGGCAAAGUCUCUGAUUUUAAAAUUGACUGAGGAGAAAAACUCAACAAUACAACACAAUAACAAGCUUCGUCAGGAACUGGAACUUUUGAGGCGACAGGGCAGCAGCAAGAGCAGUGGUGGUGUCCCAUUCCUGUAUGUCAUGAUUGUUGGCUUGCUGGGAAUUCUUUUGGGUUAUCUUUUGAGGAAGACAUGAUCAAAUAUUGAGUGUUAUUUCCCCCCACCCCCAUUUGUUAUUUCCUUCUCCCCUGAAACCAUAAAGAAGAACCCAGAGGAAAAAAUGAAAAUGACAGUUGAUGCUUUUUAGUUGUAUUAACAGUCUUCGUGGCCUUAGAAAAACAUGCUGAUGAAGCAGAUUUAAAUGGGGUUUGUAAUUGUUAAUUGUUAAGCAGGAACUGCAACAAGGAAUUGUGUGGUUGACUCCUGCUUUGUUAA